CUGUGUGAUCGCCAAUUAGUGCUCCAUUAUCGUUCCGUUGGGUGUUAUUAGAGGCAGGAAUUAGGUGAAAGCUUAUUUGCGUGAAGUGCGAACACGCCAUCACACGUCAUGCACACUCCCGGGUCGUCCGUGUCGGGCUACGCACUGCUGCUGAUCGUGCAGGUGGUGUUUAUCAUCGUGUUCGGGGUCUGCACUGACUACGCCAAGGAGGUAUUGCCGCCAAAGAAUGAAACGGUCAGCGCCGAGCAGCAUCCCGCAGAGGAGAGCAGCCUGCGAAAGUAUCCGCAUUUCCAGGACAUCCACGUGAUGAUCUUUGCCGGGUUUGCGUUCCUCAUGACGUUCCUGAAGCGGUACGGGUUCAGUGCCUCGGGUCUUAACCUGCUCGUGGCGUCCCUCGUGAUCCAGUGGGCCAUCAUAAUGCGCGGUUGCUACGAGAUGGAGGAUGGUAUCAUCCCGAUUUCGCUGGGCAACCUUAUCGGAGCCGACAUUGCGGCGGCGGCCGUCCUCAUCAGCAUGGGGGCGGUGCUGGGUCGUACGACCCCGAUGCAGCUACUGAUCAUGGGCAUCAUCGAGAUUGCGAUUUUCGCCGCCAACGAGUACCUCCAGCUGGAGCUGGUAAAGGCGGUCGACGUCGGAGGGUCCAUCACGGUGCACGCAUUCGGUGCGUACUUCGGGCUGGCCGUCAGCUUUAUGCUGCGACCCCCGAAGCAGUCGGCCAAGACUGGGCCACUCGAGUGCUCCUCGUACAGCUCGGACAUCAGUGCCAUGAUUGGCACGAUCUUCCUGUGGAUCUUCUGGCCCAGCUUCAACUCGGCGCUGGUCGACGGGGCGGACCAGGAGCGGGCCAUCAUCAACACGUACCUGUCGCUGGCCGGUGCGACCGUGACAACCUUCGUAAUGUCGGCGUUGGUGGCGCACGAGCACAAGUUCGACAUGGUGCACGUUCAAAACUCCACCCUGGCCGGUGGUGUGGCCGUCGGUUCGAUCUGCAACCUCAUGAUCCACCCGUUCGGCGCCCUGAUCGUCGGCGUGACCGCGGGAGUCAUCUCGGUGCUCGGCUAUCGCUUUCUGACGCCAGCAUUAAUGUCCAGCGUGCGGAUUUCGGACACGUGCGGCGUUCACAACCUGCACGGCAUGCCCGCGAUACUGUCGGCGAUUUUCUCCUCGAUCUAUGCUUCGCUCGCGACCGAAGAAACGUACGGCAGUUCGCUGGUCACGAUUUUCCCCGCCAUGCAAGCGCCACACAAGCUGGACAAUCCGCUACACUACGUCGUCGGGGGCUACGGACGCACGGGAGCGAAGCAGGCCGUGUUCCAGCUGAUGGCGAUCGGGCUCACGCUGGUGAUUGCCGUGGUCGGUGGCCUUAUAACGGGAUUGAUACUCAAGUCACCCUCAGUACGAGUGUUGGAAGAGGAUGAGCUGCACAAGGACGACGUCUUCUGGGAAACACCAUCGGAAGAGCCAACGAUGAGCAGCACCACCAGCGAACCGCCACAUCAGCAGUAGACUUAAACGCAUCAUUAACAGCAUUUACUUUCUUCAUCCUACGGGUAGACC